CAUUCAUACCUAUAACUUUUAUUUAAACUCUAUUCCUACCAUUCCCCUACCUAUAUCUUCUUCCUCUCAUUUUCUCCACUAUAUAGCUUGUCUUUUGUUUGUUAAUUUCCAACCAAAUAAGCCAAUUAAUUUUUGUUACUUUCUUUAUUUUAUAAACUUAUAAAUAGAACCGUAGCUUACACCAACAUCUAGGUAUAUAUUAUGUCUAGCAGAAGGUCAAGGCAACAAUCUUCUUCUUCAAGAAUUUCUGAUGACCAAAUCAUUGAACUUGUUUCCAAGUUGCGUCAGCUUGUUCCUGAGAUUCGUCAUAGACGUUCGGACAAGGUAUCAGCAUCUAAGGUCCUACAAGAGACUUGUAAUUACAUCAGAAGCUUACACAGAGAGGUUGAUGAUUUAAGUGAAAGAUUGUCUCAGUUAUUGGUCACAAUUGAUGCUGAUAGUCCAGAAGCUAAUAUUAUCAGAAGCUUAAUUAAUCAAUAAUCUCUAAUUUUAAUUAUGAAGAGAAAUAUAUAUAUUAUAUUUAUAAGAGUGUACUUUAUUUUAAUUAUUAGGUGGGCUAGGUAGAGUGUAUGUGUAGUUUGAGGUGUGUACGUAAUUUUAAUUGGCGGAUAUUUUAUGAAGCUUUUGUAAUUUUAAUUAAGGACUUUGUGUAGCUAUUAUAUGGGCUAUUUAUCCAUGUGCCUCAUUUAUAGAUGGCAAAAAUGUAUUUGUUGUUAAAUUUAUUAAUUAAGGUUAAAAUUAGCACCGUGUACU